UAGAAUCGAACCUCGAACGCGUUUUUGUACUUAAAAAUCUAGACUAGAAAUCAUGAUCCUCCGAUUCUCCAGCAAUUUCUUCGUCAGGUGAAUAACGAAGGGGAUCAUGAUCCUUCUCAGGAAUCUACAGAAUAUAAAUACCUUGAUAAUUCUCCUGGCAAUGACAUUGUGUGUCGUAUUCAUGAUUCAAGUUAAGGAUAUUUACACGAAAAACCGAAAGUACCACAGGUAUUUGGGGUACAAGCAGUACAUAACCGAGAUAUCAGUGGGGAUGAACGAAGCUGAGAAAACGGUAAACAAGUCGUCCACUUAUGUUCACCAGCUGAGUGAAGCUAUUAUGAAGCACGAGAAGGAGAACAGACUCAACUCGACUUCACCACGAGUGACAUUUCCACUUUAGUGAAAGUUAUAGUAUUAAUAGAAUAGGCUUGUACCAUGUCGGAAGAGAAGAUCGUCUGUCUGUUCGAUGUGGACGGAACCCUCACCAAGCCACGUCAGAAAAUCGAGCCACAAAUGGAGCAAUUCUUGCUCGAAACUGCGAAAAGAGAAAAGUUUGAUAUUGGAAUAGUGAGUGGGUCUGAUAUCGCGAAAGUUAAGGAACAGCUUGGCGACGAUGUCAUCUCGAAGUACAAGUAUGUCUUUGCUGAGAACGGCCUGAUAGCGUAUGUCGAUGAGAAACAGCUUCCAAGUGAGUCAAUCCUAACUGUACUGGGAGAUGAUGCUCACCAGGAGUUGACCAACUUCUGUCUGAAGUACAUAUCCGAAUUGACGUUACCCUUCAAACGAGGUACCUUCAUCGAACUCCGCACUGGAAUGGUGAAUGUCUCGCCUGUUGGCAGAAACUGCACCACAGCCGAGAGAGAUCAGUUUGCAGAGUACGAUAAAGAGCAUCAUAUUCGUGAGAAGUUCGUUCAGGCAUUGAAGAAAGAAUUUCCUGAUCUUGGAUUGACGUUUGCGAUAGGUGGACAAAUAUCAAUUGACGUGUUUCCAAACGGUUGGGACAAGACAUAUUGCCUCCGUCACAUCGACGAAUGCGACAAGAUCCACUUUUUCGGUGACAGAUGUUACGAAGGUGGAAAUGACUAUCAGAUUUACCAGAGCGACUUGACCGUGGGCCAUCGUGUCAACGACCCUGCGGACACAAUAGACGAGAUAAAAGUACUGCUCGAAGUUCGCAAAGAAAUGAGAAAUAGGGAUGGAGCACUGCAAUGCCGCUAAUCACCCAAUUAAUACCACACAAAUUAGUCAUUCCGAAAAGUCGUCCGACUUUGCACAGUGUAUCAUCGUUUUAUUUUUAUUGAUCAAAAAGUUUAUGGGAGAAUAGACUAUUUACCUGGGGAUUAGUUAAAUCACGUAUUACACGCAGAUUCGUGAAAAAAAAAGAAUAUAAAAUUGUGAACUAUUGAGAUGAAAAUUGUAUUGUAUGUUGAUAUUGCAGAAUAUACACAGAAUUUAACUUGACGUUA